GAUCUUUAAAACAGUAUCAGAUAUAAAAAGUGGCAAUGAAGUGAGAUUUAUCUCACAAAACUGUUUAUGUAAAUUAAAUAUAUGCAUUAAAACAUGCACUACGAGGAUACAUACACACCCAAGGACAUACGCCAAAGACAUUAUCAGAGUGCUUAUUCCUGAUAGCGUAAUGAGGGCAAACAAAGAGUCCAGUAUAGACUGAAGAUAAUGGUGUGUCAUGAAGUGUCAAAUGAAGUUACUUCAACUUUCAGUCUCUUGGGGAGUCUAAAAUAACCAAAAAUAUGUGUAGUGGGAGUAAGAAAGGGGUACACCUGGAGAGAUAGAAGGAUGAAGUCAGAAAGUGAGAUGAAUGGAUUAAUGAAUUCAGAGGCAAGCGAUGGCAAGGUCCAGGAUUUGGCCAUGGAGAGAGUGGUCAAAAGGACAUUAGAGUCGAAGAAGUCAGAAAAAUGAGAGACUAAGGUAUUUAAUGAUAAGUCAUUCACAUGGUCAUUGAAGUUAUUUUGAAAAAUGGCAAGUAUAGGGAUAGAGAGAAACACUGGGAUUCAUGUGUCAAAGCCUUUGAUAAAUGAGGGGAAGUAACUAGGGUAUUGGCAGAUGGAAGGAAUGAGGAAAGGUUGAGUAUGGUGGAAUUAAAUGACAUAAGCAUCUGUUUUUUCCUGCUCUUGUGAUUUGGUCUGACAACCACCUGAUGGGGUACUUGUGUGGCUCUACCAAGGCACAGAGGGUCAUAUGAUGGAUAUUUCUAUUGAAGAGCACCGAAACAUAGAGUUCUUGAUUUUCACAUUGUAAAACAGAGAAAGAGUUGAACUAGAGGGGCCAGAUAGUCUUCUUGAGUGCCAGUUCAUCCCAACUGGUAAUAGUUGAUUAUUGUGUCAUAUUAAGGAUUUGGAAUCCCCCUCAAGCUGAGUGGGAAAGAGAAAUGGGACAAUUAUCAAUACCUUUGUGCGAGAAGAAUGGGAUAUAACCAUCUGUUUGAGCACAUUCAGACAAAUAGUACUAGGGAGACUUCAUCUCUCAGAGGUUUUGGGACUGGGGUUGAUGUGGUAUAAAUGGAUUUUUGCUAGACUUGUGGGUGACCAUUUUGUCUGCUGAGGGGUUUGGAAUGAGAGUAGGGAGGUUGCAUAUGAGAAUUUUACAUGCUACUUUUUUUUUAAGGCAUUGUAUUACAUGCUGCAUAUACAUUGACUAUUUCUUAUAAAAUCCCUGAGAAAUGAGUAUUAUUAGCUAAGUUUUAUACAUGAGAAGACUGAGGCUCAGAGAGGUUAAUAAUUUGCUCAAGAUUACACAGCAGACAAGUAGUGGGGCCAGAAUUAAAAUCCUAGCCUAUCUGCCUCCAUAGCUGACGUUCUUGUCAGGCUACCAUAAUUUAGGUGACAUUUAUAUGAAUGUGGUUCUUUUAUAGGCCUUACUAUGUUGAUGCUUCUAGAGCAGAACCAAAGCUGGGUUUCAGAAUUUAUCCUGCUUGGCUUCUCCAGUGACCCCACCUCCAACAGAAUCCUCUUCAUUGCCUUCCUUCUCCUGUACCUGAGUGCAAUCCUGGGCAAUGGGCUUAUUGUCACUCUGAUCUGCCUGGAUUCACAUCUCCACACUCCCAUGUACUUCUUUCUCUGUAUCCUCUCCCUAUUGGAUAUGGGCUAUGUCACCACCACCAUGCCCCAAAUGCUGGUCCACCUUCUUGCUUAUUCUCGGACUAUCUCCUUUGCCGGCUGUUGGCUGCAGAUGUACAUGUUUGGUGCUCUGGGUCUGACUGAGUGCAUCUUCUUUGUGGUCAUGGCCUAUGACCGAUAUGUGGCCAUUUGCUACCCACUGCGUUAUACUGUUAUCCUCAGCUGGGACCUGUGUACACAACUGGCAGCUGGGUCCUGGACCUGUGGUUUCUUCUUCUCUCUAAUUCACACCUUCCUCACCAUGAGACUACCCUACUGUGGGCCCAACGUUGUCAACCACUACUUCUGUGAAGGCCCCUCAGUACGGAGUUUGGCUUGCAUGGACACCCACCUCAUUGAGAUGGUGGACCAAGUCAUCACUGUAUUUGUAAUCGUUACUCCACUGUCCCUCAUUUUGGCCUCUUAUAUUCAUAUUGCCCUGGCCAUUCUCAAGAUCAAAUCCACUAGGGGCCGUUGUAAGGCCUUCUCUACCUGUGCUUCCCACCUGACUGUGGUCACACUCCUCUAUACUCCAGCCACUUACAUCUAUAUGAAACCCAAGUCCAACUACUCCCCGGAACGUGACAAGCGGAUAUCACUCCUUUACAAUGUCUUUGCUGCUAUCCUCAAUCCUGUGGUCUAUAGUCUGAGGAACAAGGACAUCAAGGGAGCUUUUCUCAAGGUGAUGGAGCGUGGCAGGGUGACCUGGUGAACUGGGAUCCAAAAGAGGCCUGGGGUAGAAUGUCCAAUGCUGAGGGAAGGGACAGUAUCUAUAAUGUCCUCAAUCAACAUUGUACAUUUGAUCCAGUGGAACAAAUAUGGCACAUUGAACCAACAUGGCAGUAUUGAUCAACUUGCUAUUUUGCGGCACAAUAACAAACAUCUUCAUAAUCUCAGUGGCCUACAGCAGCAAAGGUUCAUGUAUUGCUCAUGUUCCAUAUCAACUGUAGGUUGACUACGGCCUUCUGUAGUCUCAGAUCCAGUCUGAAGAAGAAGCCCUACCUAGAACAUGCCAUUCUUGUGACAGAAAGAAA